CCCCCCACUCUUGCUCCAACCCAUCAUUUCCAAGUGAAGACCCCAACGGCUCACCAGGUCCCUGGGGGUCCCUACCAUGGCCCAGACCCCACAGUGCCCUCGUGCUUUCGCAGCUACAAUUACUGCCGUGAAGAUGAGGAGAUCUACAAGGAGUUCUUUGAAGUAGCCAACGAUGUCAUCCCCAACUUGCUGAAGGAGGCAGCUAGCCUGCUGGAGGCCGGCGAGGAGCGGCCCGGAGAGCAGACCCAGGGGGCCCAGAGCCAGGGUUCUGCCCUCCAGGACCCAGAGUGCUUCGCCCACCUGCUGCGGUUCUAUGACGGCAUCUGCAAGUGGGAGGAGGGCAGCCCCACGCCGGUGCUGCACGUGGGCUGGGCCACCUUCCUCGUGCAGUCCCUAGGCCGGUUCGAGGGACAGGUGCGGCAGAAGGUGCGCAUCGUGAGCCGGGAGGCCGAGGCGGCCGAGGCCGAGGAGCUGUGGGGCGAGGAAGCGCGGGAAGGACGGCGGCGAGGCCCGCGGCGUGAGUCCAAGCCCGAGGAGCCGCCGCCCCCCAAGAAGCCGGCGCUGGACAAGGGCCCCGGCGGAGGCCAGGGGGCGAUGUCGGGUCCCCCUCGGAAGCCUCCAGGGACAGUCCCCGGCACUGCCCGAGGCCCUGAAGGAGGCAGCGCGGCUCCGGCACCAGCGCCCGCGGCGUCGCCGCCACCGGAGGGCCCGGUGCUCACUUUCCAGAGCGAGAAGAUGAAGGGCAUGAAGGAGCUGCUGGUGGCCACCAAGAUCAACUCGAGCGCCAUCAAGCUGCAGCUCACGGCGCAGUCGCAAGUGCAGAUGAAGAAACAGAAGGUGUCUACACCUAGCGACUACACGCUUUCCUUUCUCAAGCGCCAGCGCAAGGGCCUCUGAACUACCUGUCAGACCUUGCGGUGAGGGGAGGAGGGUACUGAAUCCGGAUGGAGGCGCCACCCCAGUCACCCCCACUCUCCCCCCUCCCCAGCCCCAGCCCCGCCCCCGGGCCAAGGGAGCCUAAGCCCCUCCUCCAGGCCCCACCCCGACCCGGAACCCGGGCUGCAAGUUGCUGGAGUACCGACUACUCCAGGCCUCUGCCUGUCGUUGGAACUUAGAUCCCGUCCCCCAGAAUCCCAGCCGGCCAAUGGGAACCUCACUUUGAGCUCCAUCAUUAAUCUUUAAAGGUCCAAGCACUGGAAACAGGCCCCACCUCACAACCGAGGCUCUAACCUUGGGCCAGACCAGGGCUGCUCCUGGUGGCUCCCGGCCCGUGGGGCUGAGGUUUCGCCCAAGAAGCCCAGGUGCCGCCUCCAACCCGGGAACCUGGGACUCCGCUCAGCCCCCCUAGGAGUACAUUUCCGCACUUCAGAAUUCCACCCCGUGGGAAUCCAAGCCCCCUACCCCAAAGAAGAACUUAAACUUUCAGAGUUUGGAAAUCCUAGCUUCUUCCUGUCUCUGUCCUGCGAGUCUGGGACACGAAACGCAGUCUCCGGCCUGUGAAUCCUGAGCCCCGCCCCCUUCCUGACCAAACUGGCCCCAGAUCAGAGCAGACCUCUUUCCGACCCUCUGGGAACCUCCCCGAGGUCCAGCCCGUCUCAGGGGACUCCGGAGGAAAUCUGCAGGGGUUUGCGAAUGGGUGAGGGGAGCCUGAUCUCUUCCUGUUUUGUACAUAGAUUUAUUUUUCAGUUCCAAGGAAGAUGAAUA